AAAAUUUGGAAAAUAAAAAAAAUUAAGGCCGUAUUUUUUGUAGUGCACAAUUUUCUAAUAAAACUUUUCCUUGAAAAUCUUGUAAUAGAAAACAUACUUUUAACUCCUAGUCAUUUUAAAGUAUUUGAAUGCAUUUCCAACUAAAGUAUUGGGUGGUUUUUCCAAUUUUCUAAAAUCUGUUAAUUCAGUGCAGGAAUUUUCACAUCAAUAUUUUUGCGUUCACAUGCGUCGGCCUACCGUCAACUUUUCAGCACCAAUCCAGUCAUCAAUUCGCAGUCGCACCCCGCACUAGAACGCAACCAAUCGCCUUCUCACCGGACUUUUUCAACACCAUAUUCAGUUUCAGUGCCAAUAAAAUCGCCCAGCGCACUCGGACACCGAGAAAAGAAUAUAAAACAGCAAAAAAAAUAUUGGUCAAUUUAAUUUUUGUUUUAUUUCGAAGCUCAAAGGUUGUACAAUAAACUAUUAAUCAUAACACAACCGCGAGCUAAAAUCUAAACAACUAUGAUCUUGCUGGAAAUUAAUAAUCGGAUCGUGGAAGAAACGCUUUUAGUGAAAUUCCGGAAUGCACUUGCUGGCUUAAAAGCCGAGUCGAUUGAUGUCACAAUAGCGGAUUUUGAUGGGGUGUUAUUUCACAUAUCAAAUGUGAACGGUGAUAAGACGAAAGUUAGAACAAGCAUAGCAUUAAAAUUCUAUAAGCAGUUGCAAGAACAUGGAGCUGAUGAACUCUUGAAGAGAGAGUAUGGAAGUUUACUCACAGAAACUGAGGAAGGUUACAACGUCUCAGUACUUAUUAAUUUAGAUAACAUACCAUCAGACUGGGAAAAUGUUGCUCAUAAAAUUGGACUCUUGAAAAGGAACUGUUUCGCUUCUGUUUUUGAGAAAUAUUUUGAUUUUCAAGAAGCUGGCGAAGAAGGUCAAAAACAAGCAGUUAUUAAUUAUCGAACCGAUGAGACAUUAUAUGUUGAAGCAAAGCCUGAUCGAGUGACCGUUGUGUUUAGUACUAUAUUCCGUGAUGAGGAUGAUGUAGUUAUAGGUAAAGUUUUUAUGCAGGAAUUGAGAGAAGGUCGUCGAGCAUCGCAUACAGCGCCGCAAGUAUUAUUCUCUCAUCGAGAACCGCCAUUAGAGUUGGCGAAUUCAGAUGCUAAAGUAGGCGACAAUAUUGGUUAUGUUACUUUUGUUUUAUUUCCCCGCCACACAAACAAGGAGACUAGAGACAACACUAUUAAUUUAAUCCAUAUGUUCCGUGACUACUUGCAUUAUCACAUUAAGUGUUCAAAGGCAUACAUCCAUUCAAGGAUGCGAGCUAAAACUUCAGAUUUCCUUAAGGUACUUAACCGUGCUCGACCGGAAACCAAACCCACAGAAAAGAAAACUAUAACGGGGAGGACAUUUAUUCGGAAAGAAUGAUUAAUGGACAUUGUCUAGUUGUUUUAUAUUAUAUAUUAAUGUAUUAAUAAUUAUUAAAUAAUUAAAAGUAAACAGUAAAAAAGAAAAACAAAAUUUAAUAGAAAUAAAAAACAAACACCAAAACGAAACAUUAACACUUAUCUAAGGACAUAUUUCGAGAGCGUUGUAACUCCUAUCAAGUAAAAAAGAUUUAUAUUGAUGAAUUGAAGAUUUUUUAAAAAGUUAAUCGGUUAAAUAUACGAUAAGUCCCGAUAAAUAAAUUACAAAAAAUAAUGCUGCCCAAGAAAUAAAACAAAAUCAUCCAAUUUAAGCAACAAAUAAAAAAUGAAAUUAUUCAAAAUGAACCUAA